AGUAUCUGAGAAUUUCCAAUGAAUGAUCCCUAAACCCAAGAUUGUCAGCCUUGAAAAUCUCAGUAAAAUCACAGAAGAUAAAACGUUGGCAGCCAAACUUCUUAAACAUGGAAAAUACUACAGAUUACAUGUACCCUUUUUUUAUGACUCCCUGCCCGGACAACUUUCAGCAUCUGAACAGCACGGCUUUGGUCGUAGUCUACAUCGUCGUCUUCUGCCUGAGCUUGCUGGGCAACACUGUGGUGAUAUUCGUGGUGUUUUGCAUGGAGAACCGCAGGACGUCUACUGACGUUUACCUGAUGCACCUGGCCAUAGCCGACCUGCUCUUUUCUUUGACCCUCCCGUUCUGGGGCGCAUACCUUCACGCCGGCCACUGGGUGUUUGGCACGGUUAUGUGCAAACUGCUAUCAGGCAUACAGGAAGCCACAUUUUACUGCUGCGUCUUCCUGCUGGCAUGCAUUAGUGUUGAUCGCUACCUGGCCAUCGUGAAAGCAACCCAAUUCCUCAACCAAAAACGCCAUCUGGUUGGCAUAGUGUGUGCGUUGGUGUGGCUGUGCGCCAUUCUCUUGUCCAUUCCCGUUAUGUUGAAUCGCGAUGCUUUCACGCUCGAUGGCACUGAGUACUACACUUGUCAUGACAAUUUGACGGCGGAAAGUAUGGACAACUGGAGGUUGAGCCUACGGAUUCUCCACCACACUUUGGGAUUCUUCCUCCCGCUUGCCGUGAUGGUGUUCUGCUACGGUUUCACCGUGUGCACGCUCUGCCGCUCGCGCAACAGCCAAAAGCAGAAGGCCAUGCGGGUCAUCUUGAGCGUCGUUCUGGCUUUUAUCGUCUGCUGGUUGCCCAAUAACAUCACAGAGCUCUUAGACAACCUGAUGCGAGCCGGCCGAGUGACGGAAACGUGCAAGCUGAGGGACGACUUAGACGUGGCCUUGUAUGUCACGCAGGCCAUAGCUUUCGGACACUGUGCGAUAAACCCCAUCUUGUACGCCUUCAUUGGGAAGAAAUUCCGCAACCAGCUCCUGAUUUCUCUCUUUAAGAAAGGCAUGUUGGGAAGAGGCGUGCUGUCGAAAUAUCGAGUGGGGUCUGUUCAUAGCACUGGGAGCACAAGGCACACGUCAGUCACACUAUAGUCAACCGCAGUUCUCUUAUGAGGGUACGAAAGCCUUUUGCUUCUGGUAAAGAAAUAGUUUAGACAAAAAUGCAAAUUUGGUCAUUAUUUACUUAUCCUUGUUAUAAAGAUACAGAGUUUGUAACAUCAU